AUCUUCGUUUUAGUAUUUGUUUAUCUUCUUUUUAGUAUGCGUAUAUCUCCUUCUUUCAAACUUCAACAAAUUGCGCAUAUCUUUUUUUGUGAUUUGAAUAUCUGAUUUUCCGAGAUCCCUGCUGACAAGUUCAAAGCUACAGAGGCCCCCUUAUGCUAGCUCCCGAAAGCUUGAUAAAAAUAAAUAAAUAAAUAAAAAAUGUUUUUGCUGUUUAAGUAUGCUAUGUGAACAGUAGUAGUAUAGAAUCACCUUUCCGUGCCUCUCUUUUCUGUGGUAGCUGAGUUCUAAAGUUGGCAGCUUUUAUAAUCCCCAAUCGAGUUUAGGAGCACGAGGGAGGAGAUUGAUUGGCGUCAAGUGAUUUUGCUUUGAUUUUAUUUUUCCUCUCAUUUGAGGGGCUGGGAAGCAUGAGUUAUUCAACAUGGAUCACCUCUCUUUCAUGCUCAAGCUCUGUAGUUCUGCCUUCAGGGGACACAUCUAUUCCAAUGAUAUUUCAAUGGCUGAGAUUCAUUUUUUUCUCCCCAUGUCCUCAAAGAGCUCUUUUAUCUUCAGUUGACCUGUUGUUCCUGCUUGCCCUCCUCGGAUUUGCGGCUCAGAAGCUGUACUCUAGAUUCACAUCCAGUGGGCGCUCCAUCUCUGACAUCAACAAGCCCCUUAUCGGAAAUGGAAACAGCAGAGUUCUUCAGAUCACGACUUCUAUUUGGUUCAAGCUCUCUUUGAUUGUAUCGGUCUUGUUAGCUUUAUGCUACAUUGCUGUCUCCAUUCUAGCAUUCAGCCAAAGCAGUCGGUUGCCAUAUUGGAAGGUGGUCGAUGGCGUCUUUUGGUUAGUUCAAGCAAUAACUCAUGCUGUGAUUGCAAUCUUGAUCAUUCAUGAGAAGAGAUUUCAAGCUACCACUCAUCCACUAUCUCUUCGAAUUUAUUGGGUUGCAAAUUUCAUCACCACUGGUUUGUUUAUGCUAUCAGGGAUCAUUCGUUUGGUAGCUCUGGAUCACAACUUGAUAUUUGAUGACAUAUUUUCUGUAGUAGCAUUCACUUUUUCAAUUGUUCUUUUUGCUGUAGCCAUUAGAGGAUCGACUGGGAUUACUGUAAUCAGGGAAUCUGAAGCAGUAAUGCAUGAUGACACCAAAUUACAUGAACCUCUUCUGGAAAAAUCCAAUGUGACCGGUUUUGCUACCGCCUCUAUAAUAUCCAAGUCCCUUUGGCUUUGGAUGAAUCCCCUUCUGCGUAAGGGUUACAAAUCUCCACUCAAGAUAGAUGAUGUGCCGACCCUUUCACUGGAGCAUAGAGCUGAAAAAAUGUCGCAGCUCUAUGAAUCCAAGUGGCCUAAACCACAUGAAAAGUCAAACAACCCUGUUCGAACCACAUUGUUGAGGUGCUUUUGGAAGGAAAUUGCCUUCACUGCGUUCCUUGCAAUCUUGCGGCUCUGUGUCAUGUAUGUUGGGCCAAUGCUCAUCCAAAGUUUCGUCGAUUACACAGCUGGGAAAAGAACCUCUCCCUUUGAAGGAUAUUACCUUGUAUUGACUCUUCUUGUCGCAAAAUUUGUUGAGGUUCUGACUGUCCACCAAUUUAACUUCAAUUCUCAGAAACUUGGGAUGCUUAUUAGAUGUUCUCUCAUCACUUCUUUAUACAAGAAAGGGCUCAGGUUAUCUUGUUCUGCUCGUCAAGCUCACGGAGUUGGACAGAUUGUGAAUUACAUGGCUGUUGAUGCCCAGCAACUCUCUGAUAUGAUGUUACAGCUGCACUCCAUAUGGUUAAUGCCAUUGCAGCUUGGUGUUGGCUUGGUGCUCCUAUAUAAUGUUCUUGGCGCCUCAACAAUCACGGCUUUUCUUGGAAUUCUUAGCGUUACUUUGUUUGCUAUUUUUGGAACCCGAAGGAAUAAUAGGUUCCAGAGAAAUGUGAUGGUAAAUCGUGAUUCAAGGAUGAAGGCAACAAAUGAGAUGCUGAAUUACAUGCGUGUGAUCAAGUUCCAAGCAUGGGAAGAACACUUCAACAAGAGAAUCCAAAACUUUCGCGAAUCAGAAUUUGGAUGGAUUUCCAAGUUUUUGUACUCCAUCUCCGGUAACAUAAUUGUGAUGUGGAGCGCACCAUUGCUAGUGUCAACUCUUACAUUUGGUACUGCACUUCUAUUGGGAGUCCCUCUUGAUGCAGGGACAGUAUUCACAACGACAUCUGUCUUUAAAAUCUUGCAGGAGCCUAUCAGGACAUUCCCUCAAUCUAUGAUAUCACUUUCACAAGCGAUGGUAUCUCUUUCGAGAUUGGAUCGUUACAUGAUAAGCAAGGAAUUGGUGGAAGAGUCAGUUGAAAGAGUGGAUGGUUGUGAUGACAGAAUUGCUGUGCAGAUUAAGGAUGGGGUAUUUAGUUGGGACGAUGAAGCUGAGGAUGAUGUUUUGAAAAACAUAAAUUUGGAGAUCAAGAAAGGGGAGCUCACUGCUAUUGUUGGGACUGUGGGAUCUGGGAAAUCUUCUCUCCUCGCCUCAAUUCUCGGUGAGAUGCACAAAAUAUCAGGAAAGGUCAGGGUUUGUGGAACAACUGCCUAUGUUGCUCAAACAUCAUGGAUUCAAAACAGCACCAUUGAGGAGAACAUAUUAUUUGGUUUGCCAAUGAAUAGGGAGAAAUACAAGGAAGUUAUCAGGGUUUGUUGCUUGGAGAAGGACUUGGAAAUGAUGGAGUUUGGGGAUCAGACUGAGAUUGGAGAGCGUGGCAUCAACCUCAGUGGUGGACAGAAGCAGCGGAUACAACUUGCAAGGGCUGUUUAUCAGGACCGUGAUAUAUAUCUUCUUGAUGAUGUUUUUAGUGCUGUUGAUGCGCAUACUGGGACUGAUAUAUUUAAGGAAUGUGUUAGAGGAGCACUGAAGGGAAAGACCAUCUUACUUGUGACCCACCAAGUUGACUUCUUGCACAAUGUGGAUCUUAUCUCGGUUAUGCGAGAUGGACAGAUAGUACAAUCAGGAAAGUACAAUGAUCUCUUAGUGUCUGGAUUGGAUUUUGGAGCAUUAGUUGCUGCCCAUGAUACUUCAAUGGAACUUGUAGAGGCCAGCUCUGAAAUUUCUAGUGAAAACUCUCCCAGGCCACCGAAGUCCCCUCGUGGUCCUUCUAAACUUGGGGAAGCCAAUGGUGAAAACAAGCUUCUAGAUCACCCAAAGUCAGAUAAGGGAACUUCGAAGCUCAUUGAAGAAGAGGAAAGAGCAACUGGUAAUAUAGGCCUGCACGUGUAUAAACAAUACUGCACCGAGGCUUUUGGAUGGUCGGGUAUAGUAGUGGCAAUGCUACUGUCCAUAGUAUGGCAAGCAUCUCAAAUGGCUGGGGAUUAUUGGUUGGCAUAUGAAACUGCAGAAGAGCGUGCUGCAAUGUUCAAGCCUUCACUAUUUAUAUCUGUCUACGGAAUCAUUGCAGCUGUAUCAGUGGUGUUCUUAGCAAUGAGAUCCCUUUUUGUCACGCUUAUGGGGCUUAAAACUGCCCAAAAGUUGUUUGGUGGUAUCCUUCAUAGUAUCUUGCACGCGCCCAUGUCAUUUUUUGACACCACACCUUCAGGAAGAAUAUUAAGUCGAGCCUCAUCAGAUCAAACCAAUGUAGAUAUCUUCCUUCCAUUUAUGUUAGCCCUUACAAUUGCAAUGUACAUCUCAGUUCUCGGCAUCAUCAUAAUUAUAUGUCAAUAUACUUGGCCAACCGUGUUCCUAGUAAUUCCUCUUGGUUGGCUGAACUUCUGGUUUCGGGGGUAUUUUCUUGCAACAUCUCGAGAAUUAACUCGACUCGACUCAAUUACUAAAGCUCCUGUUAUCCAUCACUUUUCAGAAAGUAUUUCUGGAGUUAUGACAAUCCGGUCUUUCAGAAAACAGGAUAGUUUCUGUCAGGAAAAUGUUAACAGAGUGAAUGCCAAUUUGCGCAUGGACUUUCACAACAAUGGAUCGAAUGAGUGGUUGGGUUUGCGAUUGGAAAUGAUUGGGAGUUUCAUUCUGUGCGCUUCUGCUAUGUUCUUGAUUCUAUUACCAAGCAGUAUUGUUAAGCCAGAGAAUGUUGGUCUAUCUCUCUCCUAUGGGCUAUCCCUCAAUUCUGUGCUGUUCUGGAGCAUAUAUUUUAGUUGCUUUGUGGAAAAUAGAAUGGUCUCUGUUGAGAGGAUCAAACAAUUCACAAAUAUUGCAUCAGAGGCAGCAUGGAAGAUAAAGGAUAGGGUUCUUCCUCCAAACUGGCCUGCCCAUGGCAAUGUUGAUCUAAAGGACUUGCAGGUAAGAUAUCGUCCGAACACUCCUCUGGUUCUCAAGGGCAUUACUCUCAGCAUUCAAGGGGGAGAGAAGAUUGGUGUUGUUGGACGUACAGGGAGUGGAAAGUCAACUAUGAUCCAAGUCUUCUUCAGGCUGGUGGAACCAACAGGAGGAAAAAUAAUUAUUGAUGGCAUUGACAUCUGUAUGUUAGGACUCCAUGAUCUCAGGUCUCGUUUUGGCAUAAUUCCUCAAGAACCUGUCCUCUUUGAAGGAACAGUGAGAAGCAACGUGGAUCCUAUUGGACAGCAUACAGAUGAGGAUAUAUGGAGGAGUCUCGAACGCUGUCAACUCAAAGAUGCUGUGGCUUCAAAACCUGAAAAACUUGAUUCUCCUGUGAUUGACAACGGAGACAACUGGAGCGUGGGGCAAAGGCAGCUUCUUUGUUUGGGGAGAGUUAUGCUAAAGCACAGUCGCCUGUUGUUCAUGGAUGAAGCAACUGCUUCAGUUGAUUCACAAACUGAUGCUGCGAUUCAAAAGAUUAUCAGAGAGGAAUUUGCUGAUUGUACGAUUAUCAGCAUUGCUCACAGAAUACCUACAGUCAUGGACUGUGACAGGGUUUUAGUUGUCGAUGCAGGGCGGGCAAAAGAAUUUGAUAAACCAUCACGGUUGCUUGAGAGGCCAUCGCUGUUUGGGGCAUUGGUUCAGGAGUAUGCCACUCGGUCAGCUGGAUUGUAAGCAAACAGUCUGCUUUGAUCACUAGCGUCAUCCUGCUGUUAAUCUUGGUAAGAAUCUCCGGAGGAGCAUAACUUUUACCAAAAAGGAGAGAACACAAUUUGCAAUGCUGCGAGAAACUUUAUGCUAAUUAUUCCAAAGAAUUUGGUAGCCAAAUUAUGCAAAAUGUCUUCCUUGGCUUUAUUAGCAUAACUAAGUAAGCUUCUCUUUCAUUUUGGUAGAGGAUGACUUGAUAGGGAAGAACAAUUGUUUAAAAAGCUUUGGAUGAGCAAGAAAUUAUUCUAGCAUUAUGUCUUUCGAUA